UUGGCCAAUCAAAUGAAAGUGUUUAUCGACCAUAUCAUUCGUGCUGUGCGUUGCAGUCAGGUGAAGAGGAAUAAUUCAUCAAACUUGACGAUUCUUUCGUGUAGAGAGGGAACACACAGGUAGCAAGAUGUUGCGUCGUGUUUCAAGCGAACUAUUCCAGAUCUCUCAAAAAGCUGGAGUUCGAAAUGCUGUCAGGGCGACGACCGUUUCUAGGCCAUAUUCAUCCGAAAUUGCAGAGAAAAGUGACGACGAACUGAGUUUUAACGAAACAGUCGACAAAUUCUUCGACAAGGCUUCUGCGUUAAUCGAAGAAAGACUUGUCCAUGAUGUUAAAGGCAGGAAUAUGACUCAUGAAGACAAAGUUAAACGAGUACGCGGGAUUUUGAAGAUAAUUAAACCUUGCAACCACAUUUGUUCGAUGUCAUUUCCAAUCAAGCGAGACAACGGAGAAUAUGAGGUUAUCGAGGCAUACAGAGCCCAGCACAGUCAGCACAGAACACCAUGCAAAGGAGGUAUCAGAUACAGUCCUCUUGUCAAUGUUGAUGAAGUAAAGGCUCUUGCUGCUUUGAUGACCUACAAGUGUGCUGUUGUGGAUGUUCCUUUUGGUGGUGCUAAAGCUGGUGUAAAGAUUGAUCCCUCAAAAUACUCAGAAAAUGAGUUGGAAAAGAUAACAAGAAGACUGGCAGUUGAACUAGCUAAGAAAGGCUUCAUUGGUCCAGGCAUCGAUGUACCAGCCCCGGAUAUGGGCACUGGUGAGAGAGAAAUGGCCUGGAUUGCAGACUCAUUUGCCAAUACUCUGGGACACUAUGACAUCAACGCUAGAGCAUGUGUGACCGGCAAGCCAAUCCCCCAGGGAGGAAUACACGGACGUAUCUCAGCUACAGGGAGAGGUGUAUUUCACGGAGUGGAGAACUUCAUUAACGAGGCCAGCUAUAUGAGUAUGGUUGGACUGACUCCAGGAUUUGGAGACAAAACUUUUAUUGUGCAGGGCUUCGGCAAUGUUGGCAUGCACAGUAUGAGGUACCUGCACAGAGCCGGGGCCAAGUGUGUGGGUAUUGUGGAGUACGACGGAAGUAUCUACAACCCAGAGGGAAUAGACCCAAGGGAACUGGAGCUCUACAAGAUUGAGCAUGGGACUGUUGUUGGUUUCCCUGGAGCCCGUGCUUACGAAGGAGACCUGUUGUGUGAGAAGUGUGACAUACUGGUGCCGGCAGCCAGUGAGAAACAACUCACCCUAGAGAAUGCUCACAGGAUUCAAGCCAAGAUUGUAGCAGAGGGUGCCAAUGGACCUACAACAAUGGGAGCUGACAAGGUGUUUUUGGAGAGAAAUAUACUUGUUAUCCCUGACUUGUACAUCAACGCUGGUGGUGUGACCGUGUCCUACUUCGAGUGGCUGAAGAAUCUCAACCAUGUCAGUUAUGGCAGACUUACUUUCAAAUAUGAGAGGGAAUCAAACUAUUAUCUUCUCGAGAGUGUUCAGAAAUCCCUAGAACGCAAGUUUGGAAAGAAUGUGGGCCAAGGCAGCAUCCCCAUUCUGCCAAGUGAAGAGUUCGAAGCUCGCAUUGCUGGUGCUUCUGAGAAGGACAUUGUGCACUCAGGUCUGGACUACACUAUGGAGAGAUCUGCAAGGAACAUCAUGAAGACUGCCAUGAAGUACAACCUUGGUUUGGACAUGAGAACUGCAGCCUUCAUCACGUCUAUAGAGAAGAUCUUCGGUGUGUACCAGGAGGCUGGUCUCACCUUCACAUAACCUGCUUGUGCCUUGUCAGUAGCAGCAGUUUGCACUGUCUCUCCAUCUUCUGCUGUUCGUAAACCGCGAAUGAGGAGGAUUUGUAGAAUGUUGUGCAACUUGGAUAGGGUUAUGUUGUGCAGCACACUUUUUAUGCAGAUAGUGCUAGUUAGGUUAAACUCUCCACAUCAAUACAGUUUGCUUAUAUAUGGGUGGGGAGGGGUUCCAUGCACUGCCACCUGUGUAAUAUUCAGUGUGUGAUACAGACAGGGGUUAAUAAGUGUUGUACCAUGACCCACGGCAACUAUGAAGAUAAGCUGAAAUACUUUAUAUCACACAACCCAUUUUAGGUAUGUGGUUAUGGGAGCAGCUGAAUGGGAGUAUGUAGCAUAUUGAUGUAGGCUGUUAUAAGACUACUGGUAUGUAUUUUUUAUCCCGAGACCCCAUCCAAAAACUCAGAAGUAGUUACCAGGUAUACUGGUAGUGUUAAUAUUAUUUUGAGUGUUGCUGGGUUGUAUGUAAUUGGGCAUAAGGAUGAGGGCUGUCUGUACUGUUUGAUGGAUAUGUGGAUAUUGAAAAAACCUCCUCAGGAUAUUAUGAUUAUUGCAUGUAACAGGGCUGUAACAUUCACAUUGCUGCAAUAUGAUUCAUCAGUUGCACGUGCUAACAGAUGCCAUCCACAGACACAUUGUUACAUCAAUGCAUUUUAGUACCCCGACAUAGGAGUUAAUGGAUGACAAAUAGUCGCUGAGCUGAGUAUGGUUUUACGCCGUUUUUAGCAAUAUUCCAGCAAUAUCACAACGGGGGACACCCGGAUGACAAAUACAUAUAUAAUUUGAUGACAUUCUUGUAGUCUCAGUAAGUGGCAUAAUGUUUCAUAACAUAGAAAGUUGUCUGAUAAAGAAGUACUGGUAUCAGUUUGUUUUGAUUAAAGAUAUAUGAAUGUAUCUUAGAAGUAUGGCAAAGCACUGAUGCUGAAUGUGAAUAGUUAUAGCCCUAACAUGCAGUCAGAUCUUACCUAAUAGUCCUAGCAUCUUCAUCAGCACAAAUAGAGUUAUCAUCAGAGUUAAUAUUGACAUCAGUUCACUGAUUUCAUAGUUGCAUAGUUUACUUAGGUUUACAAUCAAUGAUAUUUUUCAACUGUUGAUGUGAUAGAUGGUCGUUUUGUUUGAUUAAUCUCCAUGUACUUAUUGUGACCAAAAAUAAUCAGAUUUGAUUCCCUGUGUUUAUCCUAUUUUCAGUGAUGAUGGCAAUCAAUUGCUGUUAUAUUGUUAGAUAUAUUUAUUCAAUGUUAUGUUUUGAUAGCAGUACAAGUGCUAAGAAUGUAUUCCUGUGAAUAUAUACUGAAGAGAAAAACGAAUGCUUUUCUCUCCCAAUAUUGGUAAGGAAUCUCACGCUUUUGAGUGCUUCCUCAUUGUACUACCCACUGCCCUGUGAUCGUGAAACCUACUGUUGCAUACGUUGGAGAAAUUGAAAAUGUACUCAGUGUAAGGAAAUACAUAUCAUAAUCUGUGAAGUAUAGUGAUAAUACAGUGAUAAUACAAAUCAAAGAGCGCCCAAUUAUUUUGUCUGACAAGAGUCAAUCUCUUGUAGUAUGGGUGUCUUUGCAAUAUUAAGUUGCAUGUAAGUGACAGUCACUUUAACCAUGGUGACAGUUAAGACUACACAGCUACUCAUAUCUAAAUGUAACCCUUUCACAUUCUGCGGGUAAAAAGAUGACACAGACCUCAUUUUAAUCUUCUGGAUUAAGUUGUUUUUCAUUCCAAAAUAUUCCAUCAGUAACAAUCACGACCUCAGCAUCAGUUUCAAGUCUGUCACCAUACCUUGAGUUGUUCAUGAAACCAAUAUAUAUAUUUUUUGAUGCAGUAUAGUUGCAGUAGGUUUCGCUAGAUGGGUGUCUCUAGAAAUCUCCUCAAUUCUGUGUGAAAACACUACAGUAGUUACCAUCUAUGAUUUUUACAUCUGAAUAAAUAUUUGUAUACA